AAGUCAGCUAAAGUUAAAGUCUGCUCCAAAGCAAGUUUCGUCCGUCAGUCGAGCGUUGCCGUUCUUAUUGACCGCGUACUCUUUUAUUUAAAAUAACAAAAAUCAAACUGUAACUACGUCUCUACAUUUAACAUCAACAUAAAUCUCUCCGUCUUCCGUCUUCAUUUUAUUUAUUCUUCCGUAUUCCCUAUUCCUAUAAAAGUUUUUUUUUUAUCUAUAAACUGAUAACCAGUGGUGCUUAUUUCAUCUAAAUAAAUAAAACAGUGAUUACAUUACAAAUAAAACAUUCAGAACCCAGACCUCAAAUGAAACCCAAGAUAAACCCUAAAUCGUCUAUUUUAUACCUGUUGAAAUUUGUCCCAAUUUUAAAUUAUUUAAUAAUUACUUACAUUAUUUAAUUUAUUAUUAUUAAAAGUCAUCAUCAUCAUCAUCAUCACCAUAAUAAAAAAUUAAAAAUCACUAAACACCUUACCGGGUUUGCACCUGGAAUGUAUUAAAAGUAUGGCGAUAGACGCGCGAAAAAAAUUGUGAAUUAAAAAUUAAAUUUAAAAGAAUAAAAGUGCAAGUGCAGGUGCUAGUUCUGGUGGUGAUGCUAAUGCUAGUGCUGGUGUAGGAUUUAAAAAUUAAAAAAAAAAAAAAGUAUUUCUAAGAAGAUUCUAAGUGUUAGUAUACAAAAGCUACGGAAUGUGGGACGAGGGUGAAAAAAAUUGACAUGCUGGCAGCUGAUUCGUGGGAAUUACCUUCGAGUUCAAUAUCUCCUCUUCCGGCUGUUAAAGGAAGUAAAUUACAAACUCAAAACAACAGCCUGCAACGAGAACAUGUAUUUAAAUACAAUAAAGCGAUGAAUAAUUAAGCCCACCAUAAAAUAAAAUCAAAUGAAAUUAAAACAAAAAGAAAAAGUUGAAAAAAAAAAAAAGUCACAAAACCAAUGAAAUGUAAUUUACCGUACUGAAGUUAUGUUAAAACAUAUACCGUCGACGCAACCGGCGUCGAGGAACCACAAUCACGAAUAUCAAACUCAAAUAAUCGGUCACCAUUUUGGAUCUGGUUCAACUACCUCACGGGGUGUUUCUCGGGAGGGAAAAAAUCCCGAUAAAGAUUCACGGGAUUCAGGACCAGGACUCGGAGGAAGAUUAUGCGAGUCAGCGAUUUAUGACUCGUUGCAUUCAGUCCAUCCUUCUCAUAAAACAAAUCCAGCUUCCGUUCAUCGACAUCCGCUUAACCACUCGCAACUUAGUGUCAACAACCUGUCCGCGAGAUUCACCCACUCCCAUUUGAAUUCCCUUAAUCUUUCCGCACUUUCUGCCUCAAAGCAUUCAAUCGAUAGCGCAAGUCCGGAUACGCAUAAUCAUACUAUUAAUAAUAAUCAUCAUCAUCAUCUAUUUCAUAAUCAUAAUCAUAGUCUUAGUAAUCAUAAUCAUAAUCAUCAAGGCCAGAUCACGCAGGUGCCAAACGAGAGGUUACUAAAUGGCGGUCUUGAUAUUUCCCGACUGUCAAGACUACCAAGUCGUACUACACCAUCACCAGCACCUGUUGCAACAAUUCAUCCACCUGUUUCUUCACAACACACACAAGUACUGCCACAUUUAGCUACCAGUCCUGGGCCGUUACAUACCCAAGACACUUCCUGGUCAUCUUUUUGCCUAAAGGGAGCUAGUCAACCAAAUGGUAGCGGGAAUGGCAACGGCAAUGCGGGAAAUAAUAAAAACCAAGAAGCUGGCGUUAAAGAAAUGCUCACUUUUCUGGGACUACUUUGUCUUGUGUCGCUUCUACUUGCAAUGCUGUCCCAUAUUUUUUUACUUAAAAUAUCUCCUGUUUCAACUGCGCCCGCAAGUGUAAUUAGUCCUGAAGAGUAUACAAUUGUUUAUGAAGUUACGCUGGCACUUUGUGCGCUUGCAAUGUCGUUGAAUUUAUGCUGUCUUCUGGUCUGUGCUAUACAGUUUUUAUUUGCUAUGAAGCUCGUCAAGUCAUCUUAUAAUCAAAAUAGGACGAGCAGGUACCUGGAAAAAUCAUCAGUGAGCAGAAUGUGCGCAAUUGGAGGCUUCUUUGUCAGCAUUCCUAUUUUUCUGACUGGUAUGAUACUUUAUACAUUCAUCCAAUUUCACUCAACACCAGCAAUAAUAAUGUCAGUAUUCAUUGGGCUUGGUAUUAUAUUUUGCGGUUGCGCUAUGGUGCACAAUGUCUUUGUAUGGCAGAGAGAAAAGACGAAUGCGGUUAAAGAAUUGGCACGAGCGCAAUGUGAAGCAGCGCUUCAACUUCAGCAGCGACAAGCUCUUCAUCAACAGCAGCUUCAAUCAAAUGCUCGACUGUCAUCAACAAUGCCGCGAAAUAAUUUAAAUUGUACAAAAAAUGGGACAGCGACAGUAAUUCACGGGCACCCACGUGGUCAGUAUCACUCGAUGCCUUACAAACAUCACGAUAUAAGAUCACAGAUAUCUCCAGCUUUGCUGACAACUUUGUCCGCCAGUCCUGCUGCUCAUAAUCACAUUGGAGAUCAUAGAAUUUUGACAAGUCCACCGGCAACUCCAGCAGAUGAUCACUCGCUACCAACAAGUCCCAUCAAUAAGUCUAUUAAUAAAUCACAGCAUUUGCUGCAACGUGACGCCAGCGGAAGUGUAAGUCCUGGUUUACCUGCAGCAACUCUUGACCUCAGUAGUGCUGCUACUACUAACAGUCCUCAUGAAUUAUCAACUCUUGUUUAAAUUUAUAAAGUUAUUCUUGCCAUUAUUGUAAUUAUCAGUUUAUUAACUUUAGUUCCUGAACUGAAAACCCAACUUUUAAGGGCGAUAGUAUUU